AUGCCGUCGGUUGAUAGUUCCAGUGAUGGAUCGUCAGAGGAGGAGUACACCGCAAACAGCUGCGGAGAACAUGAAGACGAUGUGGACUACGGCAUUUCACUGGAGCUCGCUCAGAAGGAAGCGUCAUUAGAGUUAGCUGAACUUACUGCUACCGCUAAUAAUCCGAGACUAGAUUACUGGGACGAAAUGUACCUCGGAUGA